CUUUUAUUAUAGACUUAUAGUUCGAUUUUCCAAGAAAAUUCGCUCAGCAGCAAUAGGAGACUAGGAAGUAGCGGAGUACUUCAAAGAAAUUCCAUCAAAGAAAAAAAAAAUUAAAGAAGAAUCCAACCAAAAUUCACAAGUUUGUAUUUAAUAAUGCAUUUAUUCUUGCUAUAAAAAUCAUAUUUCCUGUUAAAUUAAAUAAACCACUGCAACUUCCAUAGCCAUCUCCGUCUUCAACCUUCAUCCUCUUUUUUCUCACCGGGCUGUUACACUCAUAACCCAUCACUUUUCAUGACAGUCCGGUAAUCCUUUUCUUCUCUUUUCUGUUUUUCUCCAUUCCAUUAAAAAUUAAUAAAAAUUCAUCUUUUGACUGUGUAAAACGACGGAGAUUAGUGGAGAGAGAAAAAUGGCACAAACGACAAUCUCAGUAGUGGGAGGAAGAACAGGGGAAGAAUCAAACAGAACAUCAGUAUCAUCAGCAAGAUCAUCAGUGAUAGAUUCAUUAAGAGGAUGUGGGUUAUUAGGAAUAAGAAUUGAUAAAGAAAUUCUCCGCCGUAAGAUAUUGAUUCCACAGUAUCUACGGUUAGCAAUGCGUCGUGCAAUUAACUCAAAAGAUGUAAAUGGUGGAGUUGAUUCAGCAAAUCUUCUGGAAGCUGAAGAAGUCGGUGUAACACCAGAAGCUCCAAUAGUUGUUUUUAUUAAUUCUAGAAGUGGUGGUAGACAUGGCCCUGAACUUAUGUUGAGACUUCAGCACUUAAUCAGUGAAGAACAGGUAUUUGACCUUUCAGAUGUUAAGCCCAAUGAGUUUGUACAGUAUGGAUUGGCUUGCCUCGAACAGUUGGCUGGUUUGGGUGAUGUUUGUGCAAAAGAGGUUCGGGAAAAGUUAAGAGUGGUGGUUGCUGGAGGGGACGGUACAGUUGGUUGGGUACUUGUAAGUCUAGGUGAACUUAACAAACAGGAUAGAAAUCCGAUUCCUCCAGUGGCAGUCAUUCCCCUUGGCACUGGGAAUGAUUUGUCUAGGAGUUUUGGCUGGGGUGGUUCAUUUCCAUUUGCUUGGAAGUCAGCUGUCAAAAGAUCUCUUCUAAAGGCUAGCUCUGGUCCUAUUUGUCGUUUAGAUGGUUGGCACGUGUCAAUAACCAUGCCUGCUGGAGAAGCUAUGAAACUUCCUCAUUCGUUAAAGUCCACUGGAGAAUGCACUCUUGAUCAGGAUAUUUUGCUUGGUGGCCAGCUUCCUGAGAAAAAGAGUUGCUAUGAUGGAGUGUUCUACAAUUAUUUCAGUAUUGGUAUGGACGCACAAGUUGCUUAUGGUUUCCAUAAUUUGCGUAAUGAAAAACCGAACCGUGCCAAGGGGCCAGUUGUUAAUAAGAUGAUUUAUUCUAGCUACAGUUGUACCCAGGGUUGGUUUUUCACACCAUGUGCAAGUGAUCCAGGCUUAAGGGGACUGAAUAACAUAUUGAGGAUACAUAUCAAAAAGGUCAAUUGUUCAGAAUGGGAGCAAGUACGGGUUCCGCCAAAUGUAAGAUCAAUAGUGGCAUUGAAUCUUCAUAAUUAUGCAAGCGGAAGAAAUCCAUGGGGAAAUUUGAGACCUGAAUACAUGCAAAAGAGAGGCUUUGUUGAGGCCAAUGCUGAUGAUGGUCUUCUUGAAAUUUUUGGUCUAAAGCAUGGAUGGCAUGCCUCUUUUGUGAUGGUAGAAUUGAUAUUGGCCAAGCACAUUGCCCAGGCUGCUUCGAUAAGGUUUGAAGUACGAGGUGGUCAAUGGAGAAGAUCAUUUAUGCAGAUGGACGGGGAGCCAUGGAAACAGCCGUUAGAUAAAGAGUAUUCGACAUUUGUGGAAAUUAAGCGGGUGCCAUUCCAAUCUUUAAUGAUUCGAGGCGAAUAACACUCUCUUCUAUCCUGCCAAUGCUAUGACACGCCGUAUUUGUCUUCAAUUUUUUUUACUUCUACAAUUCAUUAUUAGAACUUAGAAGCCGUAGUAUAUUGUAUCAGUUUGUUGUAAAAUGUAAAUUAAUCUACCAGCGUAGUUCUCAUAUCGACUUGCGGGCCACAAAGUUGAGACAAGCGAGCUAAGCAUCCUUGCUUGAGAUGAUCAAAGUGUGAAAACUACUGGUAAAAGUGUUGUAUGAUUGAGCGUUAUGAACAUUAAAAUAAGCUGAAUUGUUAAAUCUAAUCUUCGGAUAUCAUUUGAA